AUGGUAGCAGUUAAAGAUUCACUAAGAAAAAGAUAUCAAGAUUUAAUAGAUUAUGGAAAUCAAAACCCAAAAACAGUUGAUCCAAAUUUAUAUCAAUUAAGAAAAACUAUUCUUUUAGAAGGAUUACCACCAGAAACUGAAGAAGAACUUGCUGAUAGAGUAACUGCUGAGGGUUCAAAAUGUAGUUUAAGAGGAAUGAUUUGGAAAAUACUAUUAGGUGUAGAUAAAAUUGAUCCUGAAAAAUAUAUAAAAUUAAUUGAAAAAGGUCCAUCAAAUAGGUAUCAAAAAAUUAGAAAAGAUAUAGGUAGAACAUUUAAUAGAGAUGCCCAAUUUAGUCAAGCAGUUUCACAAGAUCAAUUAUCAAGAUGUUUAAAUGCAUUUGCACACGAAAAUGAAGAAGUUGGUUAUGUACAGGGUAUGAAUGCGAUUUGUGGUACAUUUUUAUAUGUUUUACCCGAAGUUGAUGCAUUUCAAUGUUUUUCAUCACUUUUAACACAAUCAUGUCCACUCUAUUUUACUUCAAAUAUAUCUGGUGUAAAUGAUGCAUCAAAACUAUUGGAUAAAAUACUAGAGUUUGUUGAUCCAGAGUUAUAUGAAUAUUUACAAUCGAGACAAUACCAUCCAUUGCUUUUUACACCACCAAUUUUAAGUUUAGGUACAGCAACACCACCAUUAGACGAAUUAUUACGUCUUUGGGAUUUUUAUUUAGCAUUUGGUUUCCAUUUAAAUGUUAUUUGUACAAUUUCACAAAUUUUAUUAAUGAGAGAUGUUUUAUUGGUUCAUGAAUCUCCAUGUUCAUUAUUUAGAUCUUUCCCAGAAUUAGAUGCAUCAACCAUUUUAAAUUUAUCAAUACAUAUUAUACGUCAAUUACCUGAUGACAUUUAUGAUCUUUUAGUUGACCAUCCAAUGCACCCAGUAGAUUUAUCACCAUUUGACAGAAAUCUAUUAGACCCCAUGGGUUUAAAUGAUGAAUUCGAUGAUGAAGAUGAUGACGAUGAAGAUGACGAAGACGAAGAUUUUUAA